AUGUCCACCUCAGCCUCCUCCAACCAAGGCCCUCGCCGCGUAGGCCAGUGGCUGUACCUGCGGCCCGAGAGCAUCGAAGAAUACAAAAAGUGCCACGCAGCCGUAUGGCCCGAGGUGCUGAAGCAGAUCCAAGAUUCCAACGUGCGAGAUUACUCGAUAUUCCUCUCCCUCUCCCCGCGCCCAACGCUCUUCGCGAGCUUCAAGUACGUCGGUCACGCGUUCGACGAGGAUAUGGCGCGCAUGGCAGCCAACCCCAAGGUGCAGGAGUGGUGGGCCAUGACGGACGGCAUGCAGGAGUCGCCUGUGCAGGGGGCGGUGGGGAGCAAGGAGGGGCCUGGGUGGUGGGGGCAGACGGAGGAGGUGUUUUAUGUGGAGUAG